AUGGAUGUGCUAAAGAUCCCUCUGGUCAUAAACCACUCAUUUAAGCAAGAUUCGGGGUUAACCAGGACAGAGCAUGUAAACAUCACUGGUCAGGAUUUCUGCUCGCUGUAUAAGACCCUGUCGCCGAAUGAUGCGCUGCUAGUUCGGAGGCGGGCUAAUGGAGUUGGCUUGUCAUACUUUACAUACAUACCGGAUAUCCGCCGUCUCCGGUGGUCAUGGGAGCUGGCAUUUCGUUGGUGCUGGGCGGUGCUUGUUCUUUUGUUUAGCAUAAUUUGGUUAAAACUACCUUAUUCACCCCUUGCUCAAGAGACUCGAGAGGUCUCGGGGCUGGGAAGACACAGCACCAUUAGAGAUUUUCUUGAGUCUCGACUUAAAAUUUGA